AUGGAAGAGCAUAAAGCCGAAUGGAAACUCUUCUUCUAUCCGAACCUAGAGGAUGACGACCUAGAUCCCUCAACCUGGAAUGAGAUUGAGAUAUUGCAGGAAUUUGUUGAGCGCUUCGGCACUACCAAUGCGAUUCUAGUAGAUGACGCUGCUCGUCGCUUCAUGUUACUUUGUAAUGAAGAUGACAUGAUUCAAGAGCGCCAGAGUCAAGCUCUUUCCUAA